GUACCAUAAAAAAGAUAAAACAAGUUUUUGGUAAAUUUUUGAAAUAAGGUUAUUACACAAAAGAAGUUUCGAAUACCGGAAGCUUAUUUGAGUCGGGACAGAUUUUAUACUGGUUCGCAUAUUAUUUUUUUUUUUAUGUCCAGCUUUUUUUCUUCUUCUUCCGUUGAACUCCAAACCUCAAGAUGAGUCUUUGUUGUGAAACUUAAAGUUUUGUCUAUAAGAAAUGUUUAAUACAUGAUGUUAGACCCUAAAUUAGACACAAAGGAAGAAAUGUCCAAGAUAGUCAAACUGUUAUGGGAAACAUUUUUCUAAAUUAAAUGAAUCAAAGAAGUCUAUAAAAGCUCGAGGGCAAGAUAAAGAAACACAGGCAGGAACAAAGUAGAGCAAAGCAAAACUUGAACAGUAGACCAGAAAAAGAAAGGAGAACCUGUUGGAAAACAGACGGGUAGAGCUGUCGAAAGAAACAAGGUAAACAGAAGCAGAAGGCGGGUAAAGCUGCCGGGAAAAAGCAAGGUCUAGGUGUAGAGAAGAAACCAGGUUAAGCGGUUGAAAAGAAGACUAUCCUUUAGAGGAAGGUAAGAGGAGCAGGGAUGGCUUCGUAUUUGCGGACCAGAGGUACACGAAUGGAACUGGCGCAUUACAGGAUUGGAUACCCAGGCAAAGCAGAUCACGCUAAUCAAGAUGACAACUACAGAUUCUACAUGAACCAGAUCCCCUCAAAACCUGAUGGUGAUUUUAUAGACAAGAUACAUGUUGACUGGUGGGGAAACUACAGACUGUUAGAAGAUCACAAUGGAUAUAUACAGUGGCUUUUUCCUAUUAGAGAAUCAGGUUCAUCAAAUUGGCAAGCUCAGGAGCUUCAACUUCAUGAGAUAAAGAAGUUACAGAAGAGCAGAAAAGCUAUGAGGAGGAUUUUGACUUCGUACGAAAUGAUGCUGGAUUUUUAUGGCAUGAAGUUAGAUAAGGAAGAUGGAACAAUUGUAAGAGCAGAAAAUUGGAGGGACAGAUUUAGGCACUUGGAUAGAUCUAACCACAAUCAUAUUAGGAUAACUCGGAUACUGAAAUCUCUUGGAGAGUUUGGCUAUGAGCACCUCAAGAAAAACUUUGUAAAGUUCAUACUUUACGAAGGGCUUGUGAAAGGUACCUUAUUCAAUUUGAUUGAUAGUGUCAAAUAUUGGAUUAGAGUAUUACAAGAAUAUGAAGAGAGAGAAGAAAUGUUUGACUAUUAUGAAAAACUAUCUGAAGAUGAAAAUUUGAAGUGGAAAAGAAGAAACAGAUCGCCAUCCCCUCCAAGCAGUCACUGGUCAAACAAGAACACCGAUGGAUAUGACAAAAAGGUAGAUUUUGAAAAUGAGCUUUCUGAUGAUGAUAAUGGAGUACUAUAUUAUGCAAUGAGCUUAAUUGACGAUGACGUCCUAGGUGAAACAGAUAAGAAGAAAGAUGUUAAAAGCAAAACAAGCAAGGAUCAUGAAAUGUCAGAUUCGGAUGGAGACGAUGAAUAUAACCAGGAUGAAAGUCAGGAGAAAGCACAUUGGUAUAUGGAAUCAAACAAAGCUAGUGAAGACGAUCUAGAAAGAGGGAGUGAAUGUGAUAGCAGUUUAACUGAGAAUAAUGUGCAAGGAAGUGGAGAUACCGAGAAGACAGCUGAUUCAACAGAGAAAGUGAUUUAUAAGAGAGAUAACAUGGCUUCAUUUCAUUUUGCAAACGAUCCUCGAGCAAGAGAACUUUAUGAGACGGCGAUCCUUCAGGGAAAAGAGAAGGACAAAAAUGUGAGAGUAAUGGUGAUAGGCUGUUAUGGUCAGGGAAAGAGUUCUCUCGUUAAAUGUUUAACAGGACAGUCAAUAGAAGAUGUGGAAUCUACAAACGGAAUAGAUAUAUGUAUUUGUAACAGUCAAAAUGGAUCUAAAUGCUGGAACAAAAAGGAAGACAAUGAUAUAUCAACUGAAAGUGUGAAAAGGCUCGUAUCAGUUGCAAUGGAUCAUUCUUUGGACACAUAUAAAAGCAAAAUAAGUGACAAAAAUUCUGAUAUCAAAUGCGUGAAGCAAAAGUCUAAUAUUGAAAAUGUCAUGUGUGAUGCAGAUGUUAAAACUGUCCAAGCGGAACCAGAGUAUUCUUUUAAAGAUGUAAAACUUAAGGAAAGUCAGAGUCAAAACAACGAAAAGAAAACUACAAGUAAACAAGUAGUAAACAGAGAAAAACUUGAUAUCUCGACACCUUCGGGCUCUAGGGCUGAGCCUACAAAAGCCAGCAUGAAUCGUUCCAAAGCCCCGACUCCGCAGUCAAUUGAAUUUGCAAAGGAAAUAAAGAUGGCUGAACGGAGAAAGGAUUCGUCAGAGAAAGACCGUUUACAUAUUAGUAUUUGGGACUUUGGAGGACAGUUUGUUUACUACGCUACGCAUCAGCUGUUUCAUUCAAGACAGGCAGUAUACCUCCUUGUAUUUAACAUUGCCCAAGACCUUGAUAGGCAAGUGAAGGAUGACGAAUGUCCUGUGAAACAGCAGAGGAAAACGAUGAAAGAUUACUUGAAGUUUUGGGUCGACUCUGUACACACCUUUGCUGGAAAUGAUCAGGCAACAGAACCACCUAUUUUUCUAGUCGGCACACAUUUAGACCAGCUACAAAAUGAAGAUGACGUGGAUGAAAGAUUUGACGAAGUGAGAAAAAUAUUUGAAGGUAGUAAGUCUGCUUAUCACAUACAAAAAAAUCAUUUUCCUGUUUCAAACACAAAGCCCAGCGAAACAACUUCAGACUUCAUUCGCACAGCAGUCAUGGAAGUUGCUGGUGAACAGACGACAGAACGUUUCAUUCCUGCCCGAUGGAUCCCGCUAGAAAGUAGCUUGAAAGAACAGCGUCAUUUGAAAAUCAUUGAUUUGGCAAGAGUACAAGAGAUCGAUAGUAAAAAUGAAAUACCUGUUGGUUCGGAGGAGCAAAUAAAAUUAUUCUUGCAGUAUCAUCAUGAAAAGGGAAAUUUUUUCUUUUUUGACAGCGAAGGCGAAAAUACGAAUUAUAUUGUGCUAGAACCACAAUUCCUUAUUGAUGCGUUUAAAUGUAUCAUCACGGCUGAGAAGUUUUGUCGGGUUGAUCCGAGUCUAAGAAAGCUGUGGAACAAACUUUGUAACGAGGCAAUUCUAGAAAAGGAACUUUUGCGUGCACUUUGGGGUAAAGAUCCGAAUACUGUAUUUUUGAAGUUCGAAGAUGUACUGUUGUUUUUCUUACAAAAGCACCGAAUACUAGCAGAAGCUUUAGAAUUCGAAGACAGCAGUGUUGCUAUCCAGUCGCGGAAACUUGGAUUCUACAUCGUUCCAAGCCUUUUAAGAAAGUGUGAUAGCAUUACUAUUUGUGCCUUCUUGAAAGGAAAAAAAUACACCAAAACAUCUCUGGGAUAUGUUUUUGAAUUUGACACGGUUCUCGCUACAGUCUUCAGUCGUGUUACUGCUGCCGUUCUUGCCAAAUGGCCUCUCCUUGAAUUCAAAGGUAAUCCUUUGAUAUACGAAAAUGUUGCUGCUUGCAAACUAACAAUUGAUCAUGCAGGGUUGCUGAUACUUGAGAAAAAAUCCCUUGAACUACUUGUGGUCAGUCUUUGUCCCCCGGAUGGAGUUUGUAAUCUCAACAGUGAUAUAUUUCGACGUUUUGUGGAGAUGGUGAUAGAACAAGAGUUGAAUAAAUUUCGCAGAAUUGAUUCUGAACAUCAAGAAACGAAAAAAUCUUCAAAAUUGGUCAGAUGCUAUGACAAAGAACAUGACUGUAAAGGAAGUUUGAACGUGCAUGAUCUUGACACACUACAAAGAUGUAGGAAGACAAAAAUAGCAUGCCCUGACCAUGCAAGUCAUUCUCUAGUCAUACAAGAUGUUAUACAUGAAUGGUUUAAACCCGAAAUUGCUCAUAGUGACCUACCGAUACGGCAGCUGACAGAAAAAGAACUAAGUAAGUUAUCACGAGGAAUUGGGAAGGACUGGGAAUUCCUGGCACGACAGUUAGAUAUUCCAGAUGCUGAGAUUGAACAUAUUUGUCUUGAUAAAGCAACCACCGCUUCAAAGAUAUACGAGUCGCUAAAAAGAUGGAAAACUCGAAAAGCGGACAAAGCGACACUCGAUGUGCUGGUUAGCAUCAUCCAAGAAUGCAGAGGAUUCAUUACAAUUGAUGAUGACAUUCUGAAAGAUGUCAUUGAUGGUAUCUAA